ACGAGAUGAGUGUGCGAGGCGGAUCCGCUACAAUCGCCCAGUCCGGAGCGCAGAGCCGUUUCAGCACCACCAGAUCUGGAGGCUGCCCAGCGCUACGAUGGCCAAAGACAACCCGGCUUUCUCUGCCGUCCCCAAGACCCCCGUCUCUGAGGGCAAAGCGCCCCUUUCCUCACAGCCGGUCAAGUCGGCGGCCUUGCGGCGCCUGGGCGAGGGCCCCGAGAAGGCCGAGAAGAAGCGCGGGCGCCAGCGCUACGUGGAGAAGGACGGCAAGUGCAACGUCCAGCACGGGAAUGUGCGGGAGACUUACCGCUACCUGACCGACAUAUUCACCACUCUGGUGGACCUGAAGUGGCGCUUCAGCCUGCUGGUCUUCAUCCUGGCCUACGCAGUCACCUGGCUCUUCUUCGGCCUCAUCUGGUGGUUCAUCGCCUACUGCCGGGGGGACCUGGACCACCUGGGGGACGACGCCUGGACCCCCUGCGUCAACAACCUCAACGGCUUCGUCUCGGCCUUCCUCUUCUCCAUCGAGACCGAGACCACCAUCGGCUACGGGCACCGCGUCAUCACCGACAAGUGCCCCGAGGGCAUCGUGCUGCUGCUGCUGCAGGCCAUCCUGGGCUCCAUGGUGAACGCCUUCAUGGUGGGCUGCAUGUUCGUCAAGAUCUCCCAGCCCAACAAGCGGGCGGAGACCCUGGUCUUUUCCUCCCACGCCGUCAUCUCGCUGCGGGACGACCACCUCUGCCUGAUGUUCCGGGUGGGGGACCUGCGCAACUCCCACAUCGUGGAGGCCUCCAUCCGGGCCAAGCUGAUCAAGUCCAAGCAGACCCAGGAAGGGGAGUUCAUCCCGCUCAACCAGACGGACCUCAGCGUGGGCUUCGAGACGGGUGACGACCGCCUCUUCCUCGUCUCCCCACUGAUCAUCAGCCACGAGAUCAACGAGCAGAGCCCCUUCUGGGAGGUCUCCAAGGAGCAGCUGCGGAAGGACGAGUUUGAGAUCGUGGUCAUCCUGGAAGGGAUGGUGGAGGCCACAGGGAUGACGUGCCAAGCCCGGAGCUCCUACCUGGUGGAUGAGGUCCUGUGGGGGCAUCGCUUCAUGUCGGUCCUCAGCUUGGAGGACGGGUUUUACGAGGUGGAUUACAACAGCUUCCACCAGACCUUCGAGGUGCCCACGCCAAGCUGCAGCGCCCGGGAGAUGGCAGAGGCGGCAGCUCGCAUGGACGCCCACCUGUACUGGUCCAUCCCCAGCCGGCUGGACGAGAAGGUGGAGGAGGGGACGGAGAAGGGGGAGAAGGAGAGGAACGGGAACCUCACUGGCACCGAGAACGAGUCCAAGGUCUAA